CGCGCACAGGAUAGUCGAGUCGGCGGCGAAGCUUGUUUGUUAGUGCUGUGUUUUAAGACUGUACUAUAUCUGUGUCUUGCCCCGCCGGGGCUACAGCCGGCUCUCGGGCCUUAAGGCCUCCUGCUUAGGUGACACCGAGCUCCUCGCUUGCUUGCAAACUACACCCGCAUUAGCAUACUCUAGCGACGCUGGUGGGGAUUAAUUGCACGUAGCAACGCGAGUUUCUCUAUACAACACGUAGCAGCGUGCAGCAGACCAUGCGACGAGGACUUGCACUCGCGGCGUGCGCGCUGUGCGUCAGCGCGCUCGUCCCCGGGCCGACGCGCCUGGCGCCGCGCAUGGCGCCCGAGGAGCCGGCGCCCGAGGUCGACCCGCGGCGCAAGGACCCGGACCCGAGCCGGCCGAUCCCGCCCGUGCGCAUGCCGGUCGUCGACACGCAGGACGGGCAGAUGGAUGUCAUCUCGCGGCUGCUGCGGGACCGCAUCCUCCUGCUGGGCCAGGGCGUCGACGACGACGUCGCGAACGUGCUCGUCGCGCAGCUCCUCUACCUCGCGAACGAGGACCCGACGAAGGACAUCACGCUCUACAUCAACAGCCCGGGCGGCUCCGUGAGCGCGGGCAUGGCCAUCUACGACACGAUGCAGUUCGUGCCCUGCGACGUGUCGACGGUCUGCUUCGGCACGGCCGCGUCCAUGGGCGCCUUCCUGCUGGGCGCGGGCGCGCCGGGCAAGCGCCGGUCGCUGCCGAACGCGCGCAUCAUGAUCCACCAGCCGCUGGGCGGGGCGCAGGGCCAGGCGGCCGACGUCGAGAUCCAGGCCAAGGAGAUCCUCUUCGUGCGCCAGCAGCUCAACACCUUCAUCGCCGAGUACACGGGCCAGCCCGUCGCCAAGGUCGAGGACGACUGCGACCGCGACUUCUUCAUGACGCCCGAGGAGGCCGUCGCCUACGGCAUCAUCGACGAGGUCGUCAAGACCAAGACGAGCGCGAUCCCCAAGCCGCCGAUGCCCGAGCUCGCGUUCUAGGUAGUAAGUACUUCUCGCAAGUUAGGGAGACAUACCUCGCGUGCGUUACGAGGAGGGAGGCGGGGAAGGCUGGACGUCCACCGAGCGCGGCCCGGGAGGCGACCGCGUUCUUCGCGGUCUCGCUGGGUAGAAAUGCAUACCUUCACGCAAGUUCCACGAGGGAAGGGACGACGACGCCCUAC